AUGCAGUCUCAGAGGACCCCUGGGCGAAAGCGAGGCCGACCCCCACUGCACUCAACACCCGUGACGAUGGCAGUUCACAACCUUUAUUCUGCUUCCGCUGGUUCUUUGCCAGCAGUGAAGAUCCCAAAGAAAAGAGGGCGGAAACCUGGGUACAAGCUCAAGUCUCCAGUUCUCCUGACUCCGUUGGCCCUCUCACCUCUACGGAGUACGCCAGAGCCCGACCUCAGCUCCAUCCCUCAGGACGCAGCCACCAUCCCCAGCUUGGGAGUCCCUCAGGCUCUCACAGUCUGCCUCUACAUCAACAAGCAGGCCAAUGCGGGGCCCUACCUGGAGAGGAGGAAGCUGCAGCAGCUCCCCGAGCACUUCGGGCCUGAGCGGCCGUCAGCGGUCCUGCAGCAGGCCGUGCAAGCGUGCAUCGACUGUGCCCACCAGCAGAAGCUGGUCUUCUCCCUGGUCAAGCAGGGCUAUGGCGGUGAGAUGGUCUCGGUCUCGGCGUCCUUUGAUGGGAAACAGCACCUGCGGAGCCUGCCUGUGGUGAACAGCGUUGGGUACGUCCUCCGCUUCCUCGCCAAGCUGUGCCGAAGCCUCCUGUGCGAUGACCUCUUCAGCCACCAGCCUUUCCCCAGGCUCUCCAGUGCCUCCGAGGAAGCCCAGGAGAACCAGGAAGGCAGGAUGGAGACAGCCAAGACCUUCGCCGCCGCAGAGUGCCGCCUGGCGGCCGCCGCGGGCAUGAGCCGCUACAGCCUGGACCCCGCCGCCCCCGCCUUCGGCCCGCGGGGCCCCGCGCCCGCCGCGCCCUCCUCGCUGUACUGCAAGAGGCAGCACUCCGGAGAUGGCCCCCGCACCGGCCCCCUGUCCCCCGCAGGCCCCCCGGCACCGGGGCUGAGGCCCCCGGGCUGCAGCCCCAAGAGGAACGGGACCUCUCUGGAAGGAAACAGAUGCGCCUCAAGCCCUUCUCCAGACGGGCAGGACGGCAGGCGGCCAAGGAGCAGGAACCCGUCCACCUGGACCGUGGAGGAUGUGGUCCGGUUUGUGAAAGAUGCUGACCCGCAGGCUCUGGGGCCUCAUGUGGAACUCUUCAGAAAGCAUGAGAUUGACGGCAAUGCCCUCUUGUUGCUGAAGAGUGACAUGAUUAUGAAAUACCUGGGCCUGAAGCUGGGACCUGCGCUGAAGCUCUGUUACCAUAUUGACAAACUGAAGCAGGCCAAGUUCUGA